UAGCCUUGAUGGGCCGAAUAGCCCGCUUCCGCACUGCAGGGAGCCUCAGCCUUUGAAACCCUCCUCCAGGUGAUUCUCACGUGAGGGCAGGAGUACCUACCCCCUACUUUGAGCCCAUCCCCUUCCGUUCUUUGGUAAAGCUGGCAUUGAUGUCCUCUCCCCUUGGUAAAACCGCAGGGGACCACGCCAGGAAUGGGGACCUGCUGGCCACCGACGCCAGCUCUGCCGAAAACCUACCUCAGGCUGGAGACGACGGGAGCAGGGAGGCCGGUACUGACGAUGUGGUGGAGCCCGGGCAAUGGCGGCGGGGGCUGAAGAGCACGUGCCGGGCGCUGGUGGGCAGCGCUGCCAUGCUGGCCUCGGUGGCACUGGGCCGGGACCUGGAGAGGUUGCGUCUGCCGGAAGCUGAGAGGCCGGCCGGUGGCCGCAGCGCCCAGAGCUCGCCGCAGGUCACGCACCGCAAGAAGGCGCGCAAGGACAAUGAUGACGACCGCAGCGGAGACCAGGCCGGGGACCUCAUCUGCUUCCCCGUCCCCCUGCCGACCCCCACUACCGGGAACCCUGCUGAGACACUCCCCCGUGUCACCCCAGGGGGUGCUGGAGAGCUGCUGCCGGGACCCCCUGUCACCCCCCGACGAGAGAGGAAACACGGGGACGUGGGACAGGCUACCGAGGGCUGCUGCGCCAAGACCAAAGGAAAUGCAUUCACCUGCGCCCCUGUGGUGAACCAGGAAAGUGUCGGCUUUCCCUCAGAUCAUCCCCAUCGGAAGCCUUGGCCGCGGGCCGAACACACCAAGACCAGUGCCUUGCCCCGGCCGAGGCCAUCCCGGGCCCGGGCCAGGAUCGACCCCUGGAGCUUUGUGUCGGCCGGUUCAUGCGAGCCAGACCGGACGGCGAGCGGCCUCCCUCCUGAGCCUGAGGCGGCGGCAACGACGGCAAUCCCUGACCCGUUCCAGCCACCCCUGGCAACCCCCCGCCUGACCAACCCGUUCGCCCACCCGGCCCCGGCCCCGUCUCCACGGCUUUGCCCCCCGGGGCCUUACAACCCCUUCGCCGUCGCUGUGGCGACCCCCAGUCACUGCCCGUUCCCGUCGCCUGCCUCUGACCCCUUCAGCGCCGCAGCGGAGAGAGCUGGUUUCUCGAGCUGCCCGCUCUCCGCACUGAGCCCCUGGGCCUCCUCGGGCAGGCCCCAGGCCUCCGCUCCAGCCCAGGCCGAGAGCCUGAUCGACUUGGACACAGAGAUAUGGAGCAAAGUGGCCACCCCGCUGAGCUAGGUCUGGCGACGGGGGUGUGUGUGGUGGGGGAGAGGGGUGGCAAAGCAGGAACCAGGGUGGAGAGGGAUUGGUGGUGGGGUAACUUGGUUACUGAAUCUGUUCUCUUGAAGGACUGACCCACAGGGGGUCUUCCAGUACAGCCUCUGCCUCCCUCCACUGGGCCGAGCAGCCAUUUUGUGUGAGGGAACAAGACAAAACAAAAUAAAUCUCAUGAUUACUUUACAAUCAUGUGCUAGGCCCCACUCCCUCCACACCUACCAUUUAAUGUCCCGGAGUAUUGGGUUUCUGUCCCCCGGAAUCCUGGGCCGACCUCCGCCCAUCCCUCUCUCAUCGGCCGGUCAGAGGUUCUGUGUUUUCUUUUGGAGAUGGGGGAGAGGGGAGGGGUGACAGCGGUGGAGGGUUGAUCUGACGGGACAGGGUGGGAUCCUGCUGAAGAUACCGCUCGGUGAGGGGUCCUUCCUCAGGGUGUCUCCGUGAUGUUUUCUGAAGUGUGAUAACUGUUGGGCGGGCAUGUUGGUCAGACUCCUCGGUUACCGCCAGGCCCCAGUGCCACUUUCGGUUAAUGCCAGGUCCCAGUGCCACUCUCGGUAACCACCAGGCCCCAGUGCCAUACUUGGUAACCACCAGGCCCCAGUGCCACUCUCAGUUACCACCACGUCCCAGUGCCACUCGGUUACCACCAGGCCCCGGUGCCACUCUCAGUUACCACCACAUCCCAGUGCCACUCGGUAACCACCAGGCCCCGGUGCCACUCUCAGUUACCACCAGGCCCCGGUGCAACUCUUGGUAACCACCGGGCCCUGGUCCCACUCUCGGUUACCGCAGGGCCCCAGUGGUCACACUUGGUAACCAUCGUACCCUGGUGACAUUCUCGGUCACCGCUGGGCCCCGGUGCCACUCUCGGUAAACCACCAGGCUGUGGUGCCACACUUGGUAACCACCGUGUCUCAGUGCCACUCUCGGUUACCUACACGGUCAUGGUUGAACCCGAUUGGUGCAUGUGAGCUCUCGGAGCCGGUCCUGCCUGAGCAUUUUCAUUAUUUUUUUUAGAGAAAAGUAAGUUUAUUAAAGAGGAUUUAAAAUUUAUUAUUAAAUAAAAUCUUUCAAUAUCUCA